UUGCUUGAGAUAAAACUGCGGAAUGUUAAUGUUUGACGAGCAGGAAGAAGGGCCUUGACUUCCACACUUCUCGCUCAGAAAGCAGACACAUUCUUUCACUUCUCGUUUUGUUUAUUACUUUGUGAAGACCUUACAAAGGGAUAUUUGACGGAGAACGGAUAAAAGAACACCAUGGAGGUGCUGGUGCUGAUUGACUUUGUGGGCGCUGUGAGUGACGAGCUCACAGUGAGGACAGGGGAUGUGGUCAAAAAUGUCAGCAAGGCCAGCGACGAUGGAUGGCUGCAGGGGGAGCUGAGAGGGAAGAGAGGCAUCUUCCCUGCUAACUUUGUGAAGGAGGUUCCAGUAUUUUUGAUCGGUGACAGCAACAGGGAACCACGAAGUCUCAGAAAAGCAAAGAAGAUGAAACAGAUAAGGAAAUGCGAGGUGGCCUAUGCCUACAAUCCCCAGAAUGAGGAUGAGAUAGAGCUGGUUGUUGGUGAAACCAUAGAGAUCAUCAGUGAGAUUGAAGAUGGGUGGUGGAUGGGGCUGAAAAACGGCAGAUUGGGGGCAUUUCCAUCAAAUUUUGUCAAAGAAGUCUUUGUUUCACCUAAAGAUGAGGGCAAAAUAAGGCCCAAACUAUCUGAUGCCAUGUUCACUAAGGAGCCAUUUAAGAGAGCAAGUGUGAGGAACAAAGCAAAAAAUUCUGUGGAGUGCUGCCAGGCCAUGUUCCACUACACCGCCCAAGCAGAGGAUGAGUUGGACCUGAAAAAAGGAGAUGUUGUAAAGAUACUGAAGAAGGAAACAGGCGAUGAAGGCUGGUGGGAGGGAGAGCUCAACGGGCGCUGCGGCCUCUUUCCUGACAACUUUGUCAUGGUGAUACCACCAAUGGACAGUCUGAAAUCUGGGAUGACAAUGCAGCCGCCGACACGCACUAACACCAAGAAACUUCCAGUGAAUAUGGAUGCUUCAGAAACGGAAAAAGUUGCUCCACCAAAGACAAAAGAUGAUAAACCCGAGCCUAAAGAUCUGAGAAGCAAUCCUCCAACCAAAGUCAAGCUUCCAGCAUUCAACAAGCCCAGUCCACCUCCAGUUAAAGAAAAGCCAAAUAAGGUUGCACUAAACAGAGUCAAUGGCGACCCACCUCCUGUCUCACCAAAACAGAAGAAUGGAGGGGAUGAAUUUGAUGGAAUUGAUGUGCAAACUGAAAAGCUGACUCAUCCUACAGUAAACAGAGCCAAACCACCGCAGAGGAGACCACCCUCAGGCCUGGCCACAGCAGCACAGACUGCAGCAGACCAGACAGAACCGGAUAUACCAACAAAAAAGUUCAACACAGACAAACUUCCUGGCUUGCAAAAGGGCACAGAAAACCUCCUCAUAUCACCUGCAAAGCCUGAACUCCCACCCAAGACACCACCUCCCGUCCAAACGCCACCUCCCAAAGUGGUUGUGGAAAACAAAACUGUGAACCAUAAAGAUGAAGAAACAACUAUGGAAAGCCUGCAGGCAGAGAUUAAAGAGCUGAGGAUGGCUCUUGAGCUUCUUCAGGCACGACAUGAGUGGGUGGAGCUAAUUUUCAGUGUUUAA